UCCUAUCUCAACAGUACCAAGAAAUAAUCAACUGGUUUUGAAUGCAUUUAUUAUAUAUAGAUAAGAGUAAACUUUAUUGCCAGAAUUCAAAUCUAUAGUUCUCAGAAAUGUAAAUGUGUCAUCCUAAAAAUGAGUUAUUUCCAUUGGUUAGGAAAUAAAAGCAUUUCCUAAAGCUUUAGAAAGAAUGAAUGCUUUUGCACUACUUUUUCAUUUUCAACCCUACUUCCUUCUUAAGAAAGAUAUUGUUACCAGAAAAAUGCCGGGUCUCAUUUGUUUCUUUCCAGUUUUCUUUCUCAGCUUGCAAAUUUAAUAUUCAGAAGAGCAAAGAGGGAACAGGAAAAGUAGUAAUGUGGAAAAUGGGAAUCAGAAACAGUUUUACCAUGGAGGUCACUUUUUGUGGGUCUACUCUGGGUAAUAAACGGGGACAUUUCAACACUAAAGACUUGGAGUCAUUGGGAUAUCAUUUUUGUGAUUUGCUCUUGGACUAUUGUGAUCCAGACCGAACCAAGACUACAGCCAGCCAAUUAUGUAAAUAUAAAGAGAUACAGCAGAGGCUGGACACCACCCAGAAAUCUCCCUUUGAUAAACCAAAAGAAUCUUAUGGUAAGCUCUUCAGAAUGGCUCCAGUCUGUGUCCCGGAGGUCAUUUGAAAGUUUGUCACCUCUCAAAGGGUCCAAGAAGGGGAAAACAACGGUCUCAAGUCAAGGCCACAAAGACUAAAGACACGAAACCUGUCAGCAGCAAACAGGAGACUGCUCUCCCAAGUUUUG